UUUGAAGUGGGGCACAUGUAUUUAACAUUGUUUAUUGCUAUCUUGGCUAUCGCUCGAUUAUUUCUUCCUCUGCACCAUCGAUAUGGAGAAAUAGUGGAACGGUUUCUGCUUUAUUUUCAUCUUAUACAUUUCAAACAUAAGGGCAGCUACUACUUUAAGAUAUAUGAGAAGCUAGAAUUGCUAUCCCACCGCGCUGUAACAAUAACACUGGCGUUGUCGAUGAUCUGUGCAGUCGCGUUCAACAUGAUGCCCAUCAUCAACAACAUCAGUAGCGGGGCAUACACGGAUGACAACACAACUGUCGAGUUGUCCGUCUACUUCUCUUACCCAGGGUUUGACCCAGUGGAACACUAUAAAUUUGUCACAGUCUUCAACUUCUACGUAGUGUUCGGAUGCGCCAUUUUAGUUGGUGCUAUAGACCUACUCAUUUCGUUAUUCGUUAUUCAAAUAAUCGGCCAUAUUGAAGUGCUUAAUAAUAGUCUACUGACCUUUCCUAAGCCCAAGAACCCCACAGAUAUGGUAAACGCACGCAAUGAAAGAACAAACCAGAAUGUGGUUUGCGCCAACGUAAUAUCACCAAUGUUCACAGCGACAGAAAAUCUUAUAAUUAAGGAAAAAAUAAAAGAGUGUGUUCAACAUCAUCUAUUAAUUGUAAGUUUUACAGAUGACGUGUCGACGUUUUUCGGGCCGGUGUUAGCUAUUUAUUUUCUCUUUCACCAAGUAUCAGGAUGUAUAAUGCUCCUUGAAUUAUCAGCAGGUGGCGCCGAUGCUCUAACCAAAUAUGGCCCCCUUACAGUGACAAUUUUUGGGCAGCUCAUAAUUAUAUCAACCAUUUUCGAGAUAGUUAACACCAAGAGCGAGGUUCUUGCGACGACAGCAUAUUUAAUUCCGUGGGAAAGCAUGAACGUGUCGAACCGACGCUCUGCGUGCAUGCUGCUGCGCCGCUUGCAGCAGCCCAUCGCCGUGCGCGCGCUCGGCGUCACCGCCGUCAACGUGCAGACCAUGAGCACGAUUUUAAAGACGUCCUUCAGUUACUUCACCUUCCUCAAGACCUUGAAUGACUAAAUAACAACCACCUUGAGCCAGCACCGGCUUGAACCAUGGCCACCAGAGCUUGCCUAAA